UAUUGCUGCUUCAAAUUGUGUUGGUCAUAUUUUUUCCUAGAAAUAUCGUUGGUAACGUUUCUUUUGGCCCUCAGUUUAUAUAUUAUCUGCUACAAUUGAAGUCAGUUCAUUAUGUUUUGCCCUUCUAUAAUGUUCAGACUAUAAAUUAUCUGUUACACAUGCAGUCAGUUCAUUAUGUUUUGCCCUCCUAUUAUGUUCAAACUAUAAAUUAUCUGCUACACAUGCAGUCAGUUCAUUAUGUUUUGCCCUCCUAUUAUGUUCAAACUAUAAAUUAUCUGCUACAAUUGAAGUCAGUUCAUUAUGUUUUGCCCUCCUAUUAUGUUCAGACUAUAAAUUAUCUGCUACACUUGAAGUCAGUUCAUUAUGUUUUGCCCUCCUAUUAUGUUCAAACUAUAAAUUAUCUGCUACACUUGAAGUCAGUUCAUUAUGUUUUGCCCUUCUAUAAUGUUCAAACUAUAAAUUAUCUGCUACACAUGCAGUCAGUUCAUUAUGUUUUGCCCUCCUAUUAUGUUCAAACUAGAAAUUAUCUGCUACACAUGCAGUCAGUUCAUUAUGUUUUGCCCUCCUAUAAUGUUCAAACUAGAAAUUAUCUGCUACACUUGAAGUCAGUUCAUUAUGUUUUGCCCUCCUAUUAUGUUCAGACUAUAAAUUAUCUGCUACACUUGAAGCCAGUUCAUUAUGUUUUGCCCUCCUAUUAUGUUCAGACUAUAAAUUAUCUGCUACACAUGCAGUCAGUUCAUUAUGUUUUGCCCUUCUAUAAUGUUCAAACUAUAAAUUAUCUGCUACACUUGAAGUCAGUUCAUUAUGUUUUGCCCUCCUAUUAUGUUCAAACUAUAAAUUAUCUGCUACACAUGCAGUCAGUUCAUUAUGUUUUGCCCUUCUAUAAUGUUCAAACUAUAAAUUAUCUGCUACACUUGAAGUCAGUUCAUUAUGUUUUGCCCUCCUAUUAUGUUCAAACUAUAAAUUAUCUGCUACACAUGCAGUCAGUUCAUUAUGUUUUGCCCUCCUAUAAUGUUCAAACUAUAAAUUAUCUGCUACACUUGAAGUCAGUUCAUCAUGUUUUGCCCUCCUAUUAUGAUCAGACUUUAUAUUAUCUGCUACACUUGAAGUCAGUUCAUUAUGUUUUGCCCUCCUAUAAUGUUCAAACUAUAAAUUAUCUGCUACACUUGAAGUCAGUUCAUUAUGUUUUGCCCUCCUAUAAUGUUCAAACUAUAUAUUACCUGUUACCGUCCGUGUCACCUCACUGUAAAUAUGAUGUUAUUACCCAAGACAGCCGACAGUUAAUAGGUUAUCCUCCAAGUUAACUCACUUCAUGUGUUUCCA